UGACAACUGCUGUCAGCGCGGAAUCCAAUCAGAAUUUUUCAUUUUAUUUUCAUUUUUAUCGUCGGUCCAAUGCAUGUAGAUAGUCCUUUAGUUGCAAAAUUCCUUAUUUUAAGGUGAACUGAAUGACUUUGGUUACAUCCAAUACCCCAAUGAAGCCUCGAAAGCUGCGGGGAUAACGCGAGGCGGAAGUGAACAGUGUAAGCAAAAGUGAAAAAACUUUCCGACACCACCGACUCCCUAAAGUAACGUCAUAACGCUGAAACUCACGACGGGUUCGUGAACUUCAAUUCGGGGCUGACCAAUGUGAAAUGAAAUUUCCCGCUUGGAUGACGGGCGGUGGCGACGGGACCUUCUACAUACGUUCAGCAUAUUCGUUUCUGGUAGCAAGCUCAACAGAAGCCCUGGAGCAUAUUAUUAUUGUGUUCGUGGUGUACUUGCUAGUAUGCCUGCUUAGUUAUAAGUUGAUUUUCUCGCGCAGCAAGAGAUUCCCCAUUCGACUGCUGAGCGAUGUGCGCUUCCCAGAUUACCGGAGGGUGCUAUUUGUCAUUUCGCAUCCAGAUGACGAGUGCAUGUUCUUUGGACCGACUAUAAGGAGUCUAACGAAGCGGGAAGACUGCCAAGUCAACAUUCUGUGUCUGUCGAAAGGCAACUACGAAAAACAAGGAAAACUACGCCGAGAUGAACUAUGGAAAUCAUGCAGUACCCUCGGCAUACCGCAAUCAAACAUUACCCUAGUCAAUGCAACUCACCUACCUGACGACCCGAACGUCGAAUGGAAAGUGGAAACAAUAGCUAAAAUAAUUUCUAAAGCAGUUGAGUCACUUGAUAUUCAGGCUGUAAUUACAUUUGAUCGAGAUGGAGUUAGUCAACAUCCGAAUCAUUGUGCUGUAUAUUAUGCCACUGCAUCUCUAUGCCUAGCUGGUCUAAUGCCAAAAGGUUGCAAGAUCUACACUCUGGAUACAAUCAACAUUAUUCGGAAGUACAUCUCAUUGUUUGAUCUAGUUUGUACAUUUAUGAUGUCUACCAAUUGGUGCAUAAUUAGCUUAAAGGAGGCUAAAGUUGUUCGUGCUGCCAUGCAGCAACAUGUUUCACAAAUGAGAUGGUUCCGAAGAUUAUAUAUUAUAUUUUCUCGUUAUAUGUUUAUUAACUCAUUGCGUGAAAUUAAUUUAUCAGAUAUUGAGUUGGAAAUGCAAAUUCAAGAUUCCUAAAAGUUAUGAAAUGUGUGUGCCGUUAAGUUUAUGAUACUGUGUACCCUAAAAUCCUCCACGCCAUUGUUUUUAAUUGUUCAGUUUAAUAUAAAAGAAAAGAUAUUUGUAUGAAUACAAACACACCAACGCAAAAGCAAAAAACAACAAACAAAAAUGCUGACUAACAAAAGUAAUAAGAACUGUAAAUUGUAGCCCGAUAUUUAAAUAAA